UUAAGCGCUAAAUUUCCUUGGAGUUUGGACGACGAAACUGCUGCUGGCUGUGAGAAGUGUUCAAUAUUUGAUCCUCGUCGAUCGAUCGUUCCUUUCUGCUACGACUUCAGCUAAACACCGAAAAUGUAUCGCCUUUCAGUUUCGUUGCUGGGAAUGGUGAGCCUGCUCUCCGUAGCAGUCGUUACGAAAUCAAUGAAUUCCGUUACAAAUGGAAAAACUCUUAUGGAACCAGCGGAGCGAAUAGUUGCUUUGACAAGCGUUACUCUAAGUUCAUAUAUGUUCACGGACGAGUAUAUCACGAAACUUAGUUCCAUCAGCCUGCCCAGAUUCGUUGUUUCUCCUUUUGGUAUUUAUCUGGCUUUGUCUCUGAUAUCGUUCGGAUUGAAUGGAACUUUAAAAUCCCAGAUGAAUGACGCUUUAUGCUAUGCUUACACCUUUCAUUCUGUUGAUGAAAUGGGAUAUGAUAUUCUCAUGGAUCACUUGACUAACGAGUCUGCGAUUCGAACGGCCAACGGCUUUUUCGUCACUCCAGCAAUAAAGUUGAAACCCGAAUUCGUUCGUACAAUUGAAAACGCUUUUCAUUUAGAGGUGCACAAUACCGAUUUCGUUAAAGCAUACGAAUCGAACAGAAAAAUAAGCAGAUGGUGCGAGGAUCAUACUAGCUGCCAAAUGACAGAUCGUUUGAAAAUAGCCGACGUUGACUUGGACAAACGUUUCUCAGUGAUGAACACUGUGUCCUUUACGGGCACAUGGCUUAAAAAAUUCGAUAUCGAGGAAACCCGAUUCCGUCCUUUUCGCUUUAACAAUGGAACGGUAAAGCAACUACCCACCAUGAGAAUUUCGGGAAUAUUCCGUAUCAAGAAUACUGAUUCCUACUCCAUGGUUGAACUGCCAUUCAAGCGUAACGUACGACAUAGCGUAGAUAUCAGCAUGUUUAUCGUGCUUCCGAAAAAAACGGUCCAUUUUGCCUAUUUUAAAAACAUCAUGCUUGACUACACGUUCGAUGAAUCAGCUCCUAAAGAAGAUAUUGAUAUCCAACUGCCGAGAUUUGUUAUUGGAUAUGAAAUUUUAUUAAAAGAGUCCUUAAAAACGCUAAACCUAAGUAGUUUGUUCGAUCCGCGCACAAAAGACUUCAGUGGUGGAGAGAAUUAUACGGGCGAAGGAGUUAUUUUUAGCGAUGAUAUGAAACAAACCAAUGUGUUAUAUGUGAACGAGGAAGGAGUCGAGGUUCUAUCAGCGAUAGGAUGUGAUACCGUUAGCGUAAGGGAACCAUCACAAUGGACCGCACGAGGUCGUAGAUGGGAGCCAACGACUGGUGGAGCCUCGAGCUUCGUCGUGGAUCGUUCAUUCUACGUUAUGAUCAGUACAUUAAUAAAAAAAAAAUCAGAUGGCCAAACUGAAGAAUACCCUACGAAUUUUUUAAGCGUUUUGUUCGACGGUUAAAAAAAAGGAUGUUCCACAGCUCGUCCAAGUUUCAAGCUACACUUGAAAACUUCAAUGGAAUUUCAUUUCCACAGAAGUGCUUAGGAUAACGAAAAAAAAUUUGUUUUCUCUUCAUUAUCUACUUUAAAUGUUUUUGUGAAAUAUAUAAAGGUCGGAAUUUUGCAUCCAAGGCAUGCUAGAUCGAUUAUAUGUAAAUAUGGAAUAUUAGUACAAUAAAUUGGGGAUUAAAAUUAUA